AUGAAAUAUAAAGAUGAUGUUGGUACCAGCCAUACUAUAGAGAUUAAAGAGACUGAAGAGAAACAUCCUAUUAAGGAUGAGUUUGCUGAUGAACUCCUCUUAGCUAUUACUGGUAUCCCAUGGUUCGCAAACUAUGUGAAUCAUUUGGUAGAAGCGGCGGCCUUGUCCACAAAUGACGAUAAAGUGGUGGUUAACUUUCUACAGGCUAACAUCUUUGUGAGGUUUGGAGUACCGAGGGCAUUAAUCAGCGAUGAAGGAACACAUUUUGUAAAUCGCCUCAUAGAAAACCUGCUCAAGAAGUACAAUGUGAAACACAAAAUUGCCAGUCCCUACCAUCCUCAGACUAGUGGACAAGUGGAAGUUUUUAAUAGACAACUCAAGCAAAUUCUAGAAAAGACUGUAAACUCUUCCAAGAAGGAUUGGGCAACCAAGUUGGAUGAUGCAUUAUGGGCGUUGAAACUAUUUCCUGGGAAAUUGAAGUCUAGAUGGUCAGGACCAUUUGUUGUUAAUAAAGUAUUACCUCACGGUGAAAUAGAAUUGAAGAAUCAGUCAGGUGAUAUGCAGUCUCUUCACACGGGAGGGAAAAAGGAAAUACAUUCAGAAAAAAUUGAAGAAAAGUCGAUACAGAGAAUGAUGCCUCCAAAGAGAACAAAUGUAGCAGAAUCCUCUAGAACACGAAAGCACAGUACUCGUACAUCUAACCCUCACAACAUUGUCUUUGAAGACGAGGGUCAAGCAAAAAGGUAUUCAGUACUCGCUCGGCGGAAAAUCACGCCAACCAGGUAUAUGUGUGAACGAACCUUAACUGAUUUAGGUUUGAAAUCUAAGGUUGAUCGGAUGUUUCAUGUGAUAGGCUUAUUAGAGUUUAUGCAUUUUGAAGCACCAACUUUUGAGCAUAUUACUCUUGAAUUUUUGAGCUUGAUUUUCAGUUACAGAGAAAAUGGCUUGGAAAUGUGA